AUGGGUUGCUGUGUCAAGUCAAAUAAACUUCAUAAGAUUGAAACAAUCAAAACAAGUAAUGGUGUGACUAUUUUCACAUCCACAACAGAUAUCCAUAAAAUUUAUAAUUUUGGUAAAAUGAUGGGUCUGGGAGUAUUUGGAAAGGUUCUAAUUGCAAAAAUGAAAACUAAUUCAGAGAAACUUUUUGCUAUAAAGAUGAUUGAGAAAGAAAAAAUGAAUGGAAAGGAAACGUAAUUAGCCAACGAAAUAUAUUUUCUAUAAAGACUAGAUCAUCCGAACAUUAUAAAAUUUUAUGAAGUAUAUUAGAAUAAUCUUUAUUUCUACAUCUGUAUGGAGUAUUGUGCAGGAGGAGAGCUUCAUGAAAGAAUACCAAAAUAUUCUAAUGCCUUCACUGAAAAAUAAACCUAAUAAAUUGCUUUCAAGGUUAUAGAUAAAUAUUCUAUAGGAAGUUACUAUCAGCAAUAGCAUAUAUUCAUGAACAAGGAAUAAUUCAUAGAGACAUUAAACCAGAGAACAUUUUAUUUAGUUAAAAAGAUUUGAAUUCUGAACCAAAAAUUAUUGAUUUUGGUUUGGCAAUUAAAUUAGAAGAAUCAUUAGAGAAGUAUUCAAUAGUUAUUCAAUGUAAUUUAUAGUAAAACAUUAAAUUGUGUUGGAACUCCAUUAUAUGUUGCUCCAGAAGUAAUUAAUGGAUAUUACAGUGAGAAGUGUGAUUUAUGGAGUUUUGGAAUAGUAAUUUUUUCUAUGUUAUGUGGAUAUCCUCCAUUUUAUGCAACCGAUAAGAAAUAAUUAUUUUAACAUAUUUAAUAAUAGGAUGUAAUAUUAUAUAUAAACUAAAGUUAAUUUUUGAUAGUAGGCAUUGGAAUCAUCUGUCAAAAGAAAUUAAAAGUCUUAUCAGACGCCUUUUAUGUAAAAACCCAUUUUUGAGACCAACGGCAAAGGAGUGUUUAAAAGAUUCUUGGUUUAGUCUGAAAUUUGAUGGAGUUCCUAGUAGGAAUAAUAAUCUUUUUAGAUCUAAAACUAAAACAUUUAUAUAAAGAAGGAUAGCUCCAUCAGAUUAUUUUGAAGAUGGAAGAUCAAUUUAUGAAAUAUUAAAGAAUUAUAGAAUAGGGGCAAGAUUCAAAAAGGAAGUUAUGAAAAUUUUAAUUAAUCAAAUGAAUGAGAAAGAAUUAGAACAUCUAAAAAAACUUUUCUAAAAGAUAGAUGAAGAUAAUUCUGGAACAAUCACAUAUUACGAAUUAGAAAAAGCAUUGCUUAAUGAAGUAUGAAGAUUUUAUUUUAUUUUUUUCAGGGUUCUUAAGUGUCACAUAAUGAGAUAAAAUAAUUAAUGAUAGCUAUAGGAAUGAAUAAUGAUGAUGAAACAUAAGAAUGCUCUUCAGGGAAAUCAUUCAAACCGUUAGUUAUUAAAUACAGCGAUUUUUUAACAGCUUGUAUUGAUGAAAGAAGAAUAUUAACAAAAGAAAAAGUAUAAUUAAUUUAAUUAUUUAGUUGCUCUCUUUAUUUAAAUAUUUUGAUCAUUAAAAUUUGAAUUAUAUCACAAAGUAAAAUAUCUAGGAAGUAUUUGCUAGACAUGGUAAAUCAAUAAAUGAUGAAAAAAUCAAUUAAAUGAUCUAUGAAAUAAAUCCAAAUCACAAUUUAAAAAUAACCUUUGAAGAAUUUUGUUAAAUAAUGUCAGUAGAAGGGGUUUGCUAAAUAAUUGAUUUUAAGGAUGGUAAUUUGGAGGAAUAAAUUAUUUCUCCCAACAAUAACAAUAGCAAAGAGCUUAUUUAAUUUGAAUGA